AUGAUGGUCACAAAAGGAGGCGCAGCACGGCCAGAUGUUGCAAGCUUCAGCAUCGCUAUCACUGCUUGUGAGAAGGGUGGGCGCAACCGUGAGGCCCUGCAGCUAAUGGAAGACAUGGCCAACGCAAGCCUCCCGCUUGAUGCCAUCGCCUAUAGCGCCUGCAUCAGCGCUUGUGAGAAGUCCAAUGAUUGGGCCAUGGCAUUGAACCUGUUGACUACAGCCCUUGCACGUGGACACGCAGAUUCUGUGAGCUUGAACACUACACUCAGUGCUUGUGAGAAAGCCUCAAGGUGGGAGCUUGCCUUGCAUCUCCUCAUUAGCAAGUACAGCUGGCAAAUCAAUGCUGUGGGAUAUGGUUCGUUUUUGACAAGCUGCAGACAAAGCGCUCGUUGGAUGGAGGCUCUGGCGAUCCUGAAUAACACGACUCUCGAUGCAAUUGGCCUAACAAGUGCGGUGGAAGCAGUGGAGACUUCAGGGCAACCAGCAGGCUCUGUGCUUCUGCAGGGUCUUCUGCGACAGACCAGCAAGCAACUAGCUUUCGCAUGCACCAGUACAAGUGCAGCAUCACGUCGCGCACAUGCUGCGUCCACUGGUGGCUUGGACAUGCUGGAUGCCUACGGGCUCCUGAGCGGCUUGUCCGUGGCACGAACUCGUGUUCGGGAGCCUGCUCUUCGAGACCUCCAGACGUUUCAGGUACAGCCUCUGCCUGAACAGCAGGUUCUGCAGUCUCUUUGCGACCUGGGCAGGCCCUGCACGCGGGAUGUCCUUGAACGACUGGCCAGCAGUGAGGGUGGCUGGCAGGAAGAUGCGCGAGUGGUUUUAGAGGAGCUUUUGGAUGCCUCGCCAGGCAUGCCAUUGCCUGUUCAGGCAGCUGCCCAGAAGAUCGCCACAUGGACAUCUCUGGACCUUCGUGGACCUGACUGGCAGCUUUGUGGAGCUCCAGAAAUUGCUUUUGGAGCACGUCGCGGGGAGAAAAACAUGAGACUCAUGAGACCAUAUCAAUGCUGUCAUGUACUCAUGGUCAACGCUUCCUGCAGGCUCUGUUGA